UUCUCCAUAAUCACUUUUGUCCUCGCAUACAUCAAUGAUUGCUUCUCUCUUUCCCUUCCAAAAUUCUUCUUUAAAAAGCAAGAAAUCGAAGAAAUAAAUUAACAAUAAAGUUGAGAAUUAAAAAGAAAAAAAAAAAUGUGUACUCACAUGUCCCAAGCCGAGCAAGAACAACUCAUCGAGAAGCUCGAGAUCUUCCAGAUCAAAGGCAGAGACAAACGUAACCGCAAGAUCCUUCGCAUCAUCGGAAAAUUCUUCUCCGCUCGGAAUUUGAGUGUCGACGUAGUGAAGAAGUAUUUGGAGGAGAGGGUGUACCCAAAGCUGGGGAAGAGGCCGUUUUCGGUGUUGUACGUGCACACAGGUGUGCAAAGGUGCGAGAAUUUUUCGGGAAUCUCAGCCCUACGAUCAAUCUACGAGGGGGUCCCGAUCAGCGUCAAGGAGAAUCUGGAGGCCGUGUAUUUUGUCCACCCAGCCCUACAGGCCAGGCUCUUCCUCGCCACCUUUGGUCGCCUUCUCUUCAGCGGCGGGUUGUAUGGGAAGCUAAGGUACGUGAGUAGGCUUGAUUUGCUGUGGGAACACGUGAGGAGGAACGAGAUUGAGAUCCCCGAUUUUGUGCAUGAUCAUGAUGAAGACUUGGAGUACCGUCCGACGAUGGAUUAUGGGUUGGAGAGCGAUCACCCUAGGGUCUACGGUGCACCCGCGGUCGAUUCACCAUAAGAUCGAUGAUAGAAUUGGGCGGGCCUUAUGGCCUCUUCCACUAUUGAUUGUAAUCAAAUAGACAGGCUUUUCUUUCUUUUGCUUUGGGCCUAUUUUUUGUAUUUACCUUUAUGUUUUUUUUUUUUUUUUUUCUUCCUCUUCUUCUUCUUCUUCCUAUGGCUGUUGUUUUUGAGGGUAAUGAGGCUGCCUACUUUGAGAGGCUGCUCGGAUUUCACUUGCUAGGCUGUUUGGGCACAUGUUUGAAUAGGUGGGGUCAGGCAAUCUUUCACAUGAAGUUGUUUAUUGUACAUACGAAAGGACAGUUUUAUUGCACUGGAUUUUGGUUC